AUGUACAGGGUUCAGCAAUCCACAGCCGAGCCCAGACGACACCACCCAAAUCUUUGGUGGGGAACGCUGCUCGACUCUGAUUGCAUCUUUCUCGUUGCGAGCCCCUCCAAGACGCCGUCCGAGAUGACCGAAGUCAAGCGCAACGAAAAUAAUAAUGGCCAGGAAUGGCCAGGAAUUGCCGUCCUGGGCAGUCUUUACAGUUUGGUUCAGGGUCCAGGUGGAGUGCGACCCGCGUGCUACGUAAACGCCGCUUCACAUUUCGUUCCAUCUGAAGAAAGCGUAUCGACACAGACCAAGUAUCACGUAGGUCUAUCGAAGACUAUCUUUGCCACGGUCGCAACAUACAGAUCGGCUUUCACCUCGAGUCCUUAUCGUAUAAAUUUAUCGCGUCUACGCCACACAGCCAGAUAUCACAGGACGAAGGCGUCACCAUCUGUACAAUCGAAUUCGAAGAAACUCAUCCGAACCAUACGAAGGAGAGAUAUCUAUUUGACACCUUUUACGGACUUUCAUACAUAUACAAUGGCGCUUGACCACCACCCGAUUCAGAACAGCGAGGUUUAUCUCUGCCUUCCUUCCCACGGCCCGCCCCUGCCGCCUCCUUCUCCGCCCUCCCCCGCGACUCCAGGUGAUGACAUUCCUUGUUUGGAUGGAUUGGCCACUCCACCUGAGAUACCUACUUCCUUCCCGACCUUUGGCAAGAGAUUGGAAACUGCCCUGCACGUUCUGCGUACCGAAGCCUCGGCGCUAGAAGGACUAUCCAGACUCUACGAGAAUGACUUGGUUGCGCAAGAGGGUUUCAACGCGGCGGUGGAAGAGAUUAUCAGAUGCAAAAGGCGGAAAGGAAAGAUCGUGGUUACUGGGAUUGGCAAAAGUGGACAUAUUGGAAAAAAGCUGGAAGCUACUUUGAACAGUCUCGGGAUAACCACAGUCUUUAUGCACCCCUCGGAAGCUUUGCAUGGAGAUCUAGGAGUCCUUUGCCCAGAGGAUACCAUUUUGUUCAUCUCCAAUUCUGGAAAGACCGGGGAGUUGCUCCAAGCGCUGCCACAUUUCGAUUCCUGCUUACCGGCUAUCAUCAUCACCGAAGCUGCUCACCCAGCGGCUUGCGAGCUGAUCAAACAAAGACCAGGAACGAUUCUUCUACCAGCGCCGCUACCCAUUUCCGAGGAAGCCGCAUUCGGUGUCAAGGCACCUACAAUUUCAACUACCAUGGCCCUUGCUCUUGGAGACGCGCUUGCGAUAACUGCUUCUAGCGAACUAUACAACCAAAAACUUUCAAGCGUGUUCUUGAAGAACCAUCCGGGCGGUGCAAUUGGUGCUGCGAUUCAGAAUAUUCAGAGAAUCUCCGACCGAGCCAUCUCAAUCAUUGAUAUUCCAGACGUUGGCUCAUCCUCAUCAGUAGCACAAGUUGGGUUUGCCAUGCUCCAGUCUAAAUCCGGAUGGAUUCGGAUGGGUGGUGAAGUAGUAUUUCCUCCACGACGCAUGAAGAAGCUUCAACUCAGCAACACAGAAGUCUUAGCAUCGCGUGUCCCUGACUUGGCAGUCCCACGUAGGCAAUGGGUUCAAGUUUCAGCUGAUCUCGAAGUAUCGGAAGCCAGAGAGUGGAUAUUCAACAACCGCCGCGCCAUACCAGGAGGCCAAUACAAAUUCGGCGAUGACAUAGUGCUAGUAACAAUGGAAGAGGAUGAGAUGUGUGGGGUUAUCGAAAUAGGAGAGCUUCUAUCAUAA